AUGACUGCCGUCGUUGCCCCUGUUAUUUUGCCUUGCUCUGAAUUGCCUGUUGGAUCUCAAGCCGAAGCUCGCAAACGGCGUCGGGAAAUCCUAUCGUCCCAACGAAGUCAGACGAUGACCCCAACCGACCUAGAGCUCUCCAACGCACACGAAAUGGCUUGUGCGAUUCUUCCGGCAAUCGAAUCCGCCAUGGCAGCUCCACCAACGAAAAAGCAAAAAACAGAAGGCGGGAAGUCAAGGAAAGCAGGAAAGAAGCCUCAAAUGAAAUACGACCCAGACGUCCCCAUGACCAAGGAAGAAGCUACCGCUUGGAGACGUGAGCAACGCCGCAAACGAAAUCGUGAAAGCGCCGCUGCCUCUCGUCAACGACAACGCGAUCGAAUCAACGUACUCGAAGAUGAAGUGGAUGCCUGGAAGUCCAAGUACGAAGCCACCAUGGCAGCAAUUGCAAGGCUGGAACAGCAAAAAGCGGAAGGCACUGCCGACGCUGUCCUAACACAUCUACCACCUCUCCCGGACACUUCUUGUUCCAAGUUUGUCUCUCCUCCCGCCUCCCCUGGGCACUCUUCAAGCUACGAAGAAACAAUGAGUGAACCCGUGGCGUCCCCCGUUGCCUCUACCUCUCUCCUCCCGCCAUCCAUUGUAUCUCCUCAAGGAUCCUCCUCAUCCGAGGUUAUCAAGAUGGAAUUCUGUGAGCCUUCAGAUAAUUUGAUCUCUCGACCAGCAGCGUCCAGAAUCAUUCACAACCUAAUUUUCGACAAUUUUGAUUGA